AUGGCAACUCCCGCCUUUGCCCUUGAGCACACACCGCUCAAUUCGAUCCGCUCUAUCCCCUCUGAUACCUACAUCCUCCACGCCACCAACUGCCUCGCUCAAUGGGGAGCCGGAAUCGCGGCUGAGCUCGCCUCCGUAUUCCCCGCCGCGUGCAGGGUGUACAAGAGAUUCUGCAACAGCGCCAAAACCAACCCGUCGGAGCGAUGGCCGCCAAGAAGCCUCGCCGGGCGCUGCCUCAUCAUCCCUCCUCAGCCGUCGGACGUGGCCGCAGGCGCACCGAGCGUCCAUAUAAUCUGUCUCUUCACAAGCUACGGCUAUGGAAGACCGAGUGCGGCGACUGGAAAGCCAGGGAGGGACAACGUGGGGAGAAUCCUGGCGCAGACUGAGAGCGCUCUCAAGGACCUGCGAGCGCAACUUCCCGCCGAGGCUAGAACAAUCAUUUACUCGCCAAAAUUCAACUCUGGCGCUUUCUGUGUCCCGUGGGAGAGCACAGCCGAGGUGAUUGAGAAGGAGUUUGUGGACUGGGAUGGAAGCUGGCUUAUUAUGGCGCCGUCAUGA